AAAAAAAAAAAACCAAAAAAAGAGCCUCUCCAUUCCCGAUCUUCGGCGGCUCCUCUCCCUCGUCUCACCCGACCCCUCUCUCCUCAUUCGUUCUCGUCCCUCUCCAUCUUAGGGUUUGCUCCCUCCCCAAUCAUGUAUAGAGCCGCCGCAACGCCCCUCAGGGCUCUCAAGCGCCAUGCUGCUACUAGAUCUGCGAGUACAAGCGUUGCAAGAAGCUCUUCUGGUGGCUUCUUUAGUUGGCUUACAGGGGAAAAGUCCAGCCAACUUACUCCUCUUGAUUUCCCACUGCCAGGUGUCACAGUUCCUCCACCAUUGCCUGAUUAUGUAGAGCCAGGGAAGACCAAAAUCACAACUCUUCCAAAUGGUGUCAAAAUUGCAUCUGAAACAUCACCAAGCCCAGCUGCUUCAAUCGGACUUUAUGUUGACUGCGGUUCUGUGUAUGAAACACCUUUUUCGUCUGGAGCCACACAUCUCUUGGAGAGGAUGGCCUUCAAAAGCACAGCAAAUAGGAGUCAUCUCCGCAUUGUGCGUGAAGUUGAAGCAAUUGGAGGCAAUGUAACUGCUUCAGCUUCUCGCGAGCAAAUGGGGUAUACGUAUGAUGCUUUGAAGACGUACAUGCCUCAAAUGGUUGAAGUUCUUGUUGAUUGUGUCAGGAACCCUGCGUUCCUUGAUUGGGAGGUUAAGGAGCAGCUGCAGAAGAUAAAAGCAGAGAUAGCAGAAAUCUCUAAUAAUCCUCAGGGUUUACUCUUGGAAGCUAUUCAUUCUGCUGGUUACUCUGGUGCAUUGGCUAAUCCUCUAAUGGCUCCUGAAUCUGCAAUUAACAGAUUGAAUAGCGAUAUUUUGGAGGAUUUUAUUAACGAGAAUUACACAGCACCUAGAAUGGUACUUGCAGCAUCGGGUGUAGACCACGAUGAGUUGGUCUCAAUUGCUGAACCUCUCUUAUCUGAUCUCCCAAAAGUUGCUCGGCCAGAAGAGCCUAAAUCUGUUUAUGUUGGAGGGGAUUAUCGUUGUCAAGCAGAUUCAGCGAAGACACAUGUAGCCCUUGCUUUUGAGGUUCCUGGCGGUUGGUACCAGGAGAAGGAAGCGAUGACAUUGACAGUGCUUCAGAUGCUUAUGGGAGGAGGUGGUUCUUUCUCUGCUGGAGGUCCUGGGAAAGGAAUGUAUUCUCGGUUAUAUCUCCGUAUCUUGAAUGAGUUCCAACAAAUCGAGUCAUUCUCUGCUUUUAACAGUAUCUAUAAUCAUACUGGCAUCUUUGGAAUCCACGCUACUACUGGUUCAGAUUUCCUUUCAAAGGCAGUUGAUUUGGCAGUCAGAGAGCUUAUUGCAGUUGCAACUCCUGGACAAGUUGAUCAGGCACAGCUCGAUCGGGCUAAAGAGUCGACUAAAUCUGCAGUUCUGAUGAAUCUUGAAUCAAGAAUGGUAGCAUCAGAAGAUAUUGGACGACAAAUUUUGACAUAUGGAGAAAGGAAACCCAUCGAGCAUUUCCUGAAAGCUGUUGAUGACGUCACGCUGAAAGACAUUUCAUCAAUUUCUGAGAAGAUCAUUUCUUCUCCACUCACAAUGGCAUCUUGGGGAGAUGUUAUCAACGUUCCUAGCUAUGAAUCCGUGAGCCGGAAGUUCCACCCCAAGUGAAUAGUUUCCAUCGCGUGAAGCGCACGAGACAUUUACAAAAUUUUGAAGGUGCAGAUCCGGAGCUCACUGCGAUUGCGCCCCAAACGGCUGGAAUAAGCGGUUACAACUUAUUUGCUUUGAUACUGCCAUAGAGAUCAAUAAUUGUCUGGAACCUUGCGGUCGAAACACUUGUUCUUCCCCCUCAACUGCUGCCCAUUCUGAUGUUUCUAUUUUUGCCAUUGUUCUGCUCUUAUUUAUUCACGCGUCCAAAGUUGAGAACUUAGAUCUGAUUUGCCGCCACUCGAGCAUAAGUAGUCGAAAUUUCGUUUUAGUUGAUGGCUCCUUUAAUCUGUGUUUCACUUCGCGAGAAAAAUUCUAGAAACUUAUAUGACUCUUGUGUUGCUCGAAACUGUUGCGGCGGAGUUGGCAGUGUAAAGUAGGUGUGGAUUGUGUUGUGAUCUCAUUUGACAAUGCGCCUGUUUUCGCGGUGGAUGGUUUUGUAUUAAUUUUGAACGAUAAUCUGAGGAUGUCUGUGAUGCAGAAUUUGGAUUUAAA